CAAACAGCUCUUUCAUCACGUAGAGUAGAAGAGUGUGAGUUGAAACCAGAUGUCAGUGAUGCAACGUCCACCGCCUAUACCUAUUUUAAAUCGUAAUUCUCUUGGACAUCGUACUGGUGGAAAUAUACUGAAUUCUGUUACACCAUGUAAAGAAUAUCAUACUCAUGAUAUAAAUGGAAAAUUAAAAUAUUGCAUUGAAGUUGAUUUACAAGGUUAUCCUCAAGAAAGUAUACAAAUUGUUCGACAAUCACAAGAUGUUAUUAUCAGUUUAAAUUAUGAAGAGAUUAAACCAACUGGUGAAAAGUAUAAACAAGAAUUUAAACGUGAAAUUCAAUUUCCUCAAUCUGCUGAUCUUGACACCUUGAAAUGCACACUAAUCAAUAAAAACACUUUACUCUUAGAUGCUGAUGUAAAUAAACGUGAUAAUUCCAUAUUAAAAACUUCCCAGAUAAGUCCAAUUACAAAGCGGCAUAUUAACUGGGAAUUAUCGAAUUCAUCACAUCGUAAUUCUGUCUCUGAAUCGCCAAGACUACGUACUUCAUUUUCAAAUGAAACACGAGAACGACAUCCUUCAAUUUCAAGUUUACAAACUUCUGAUAUUCACAAAUCAUUUCGUGUAAAAGAAAAUAGCUCACUGAUUAAUCGUAGUUCUCGUCAUCCACCUCAACGUUCACCGACUCAUUACACUGCGAAUUCAUUUUCAAGACAUGAAUCGAUAAGAAUUCCUGUACGCGUAGACACUAAUCAACAAAGUGGUCAACCAAGUCCUGCUAGUGUACAACCUAUUCGUGUCGAAGUAUUAAAUCAUUCACCGUAUUCAAAACAGUAUAACAGGCAUUAUCAAGUGCCAGUACACUCCCAACAGUAUCAUAAUAACAAUAUUAAUCAUAAUAGUCAUAAUCAUAAUUACUACCAUCAUCAGAGUGAAUAUAAGAAGUCGAAUUCUUCAACAUUUUCAACAUCUCAACGUCCAUUACACAUUCAUCCAGUCAGUAAUAUUUCUUCAGAUGAGAAUACACCAACAAUGAUCAAUAGUUCUACACAUCAGUAUAAUGGGAAGACAGGUAAUUGUGCUUAUAUCAAUACAACAUUACAUCCUAUCAGUCAUAUUGUGAACACUAAUAACGCUAAUAUCAAUACUAAUACUACUACUGCUAGUAAUAAUAAUACUGUCAUAUCUAAGUCUACAAAAUUCUAUACACAAAAUAUGAAAGUUGGUAAAGAUGUAAAACCGGAAGAUUUAAAUAUCCACCUAAAAAAUGGUGUUUUAACUAUUAUGAUAAGACAAAAAGGUAAAAAUAUUGAAAAUUAUAAGCAAACAAAAAUUGCCAGAGAAUUUCUACACGAGCAUACAAUACCAAUAAAUGUUGAUCAAAGUAAAUUAAUUGCUAAAUUAGAUAAUGGUAUAUUAACAUGGGAAGCACCAUAUACUACAGUUGGACAUAUCGAUAUCACGGAUAAUCUGAAUUCAAAUAUUAAAUGUAAAAAAUAUCCUAUACCAAUUAAUCGAUGAUCAAUCAAUCGAUCAAUCAAUCAAUAAAUAAAUAGAUAGAUUGAAUUAUUUUGAGUUUUCUAUUUUAUCUUAUAUUGUGAAUAAAGAAAAGUAUACACAAAAAAUAUACACAUAUAUGUACCAUAAGCCAAUAAGUGUUGGCAUUUCUACACAUCAUAGACAACAUUUUAUAAACUUGCUUUUGUAUAUUCACCUUCAUGUGAAUCUCCUCCACCGUCUCCUCCUCCUUCUCCUUCUGCUACUCCUACUCCUCCUCUGUUCAAAAGAGUAUGUAUGAACAUUGAUCAGAGAAAACAAAAAAUAACAUUCAAAAAAAAUUCAUUCAGAUUUUUAUUGAUACUUGCAUGAUCUACUUCGAGACAUCUGUUGUGACAGGUAGCUUUAGAGAGAAAACUAUUUCCCAUAUUAUAUAUGUGUAUUUAUAUAUAUAAUUGUGUAAAUCAAUAUAUAUAUAUAUUCAUGUACUAAUCGAUAUUUCAUAUAUAAUGUGCUCAUUUUAAUGAAUAAUUGAUUACUUCUUAAUUAUUUGUUUUUCAAAAAAUAUCACUCACCGAUUAAUCGAUAAACCUAGAAAUGUUAUUGGGUGGGCUUAAGGCAGGAAAUUCGAAAAAAUAUAUGCAU